AAAUACCUGACUGUCUGUCCUUGUUUCCUUUCCUCAGGGAUAUCUGAGUCCGAGCAGUCGCUGAAAGGGACGUCACAGAUCAAGUCCCUUUGUCCUGAGGACAUUGAAGGCAUGAGGGUAGUGAGCAAGCUUGCACGAGAAGUUCUGGACAUCUCUGCCUUGUUGGUGAAAGUGGGGGUUACUACAGAAGAAAUCGACCAUGCUGUACAUCUGGCCUGCAUAGCGAGGAACUGCUACCCCUCCCCUCUCAACUACUACAACUUCCCUAAAUCCUCCUGUACAUCUGUCAAUGAAGUCAUCUGCCAUGGAAUCCCGGACAGGAGACCCUUACAAGACGGAGAUAUCCUCAACGUGGACAUCACCGUCUACCACAACGGUUUCCAUGGUGACCUCAAUGAAACCUUCUAUGUGGGCGAGGUGGAGGAAGAAGCGAAGAAACUGGUGCAGACCACGUAUGAAUGCCUUAUGCAAGCCAUCGACUCCGUGAAGCCUGGUAUCCGCUACAGAGAAUUAGGGAACAUCAUACAGAAGCACGCUCAAGCUAACGGCUUCUCUGUGGUGCGCAGCUACUGCGGCCACGGCAUCCAUAGACUUUUCCACACUGCUCCCAAUGUGCCACAUUAUGCCAAAAACAAAGCAGUGGGAGUUAUGAAGCCUGGCCACGUGUUCACCAUUGAACCCAUGAUAUGUGAAGGUGAGUGGUACUGCCUUUGUUUGAGUAAUGUGAACAAUUAUGAUAAUUGUAACGUCACAAUGUGCUCAAUUGUAGCAAUUAUUUGAAACAAAUAUUGAAGA